AAUCACAAAGCUACCGAUCCUUGGUUUCUCACCUAACACCUAUCAAAACAGAGUCGAAAGCUGAAUCGGGUCGGAGUUGCGAAAAUGGCCGUCACCGCGAAAAUCGCACCGUCUAUGUUGUCAUCGGAUUUCGCCAAUUUGGCUUAUGAGGCUGAGCGCAUGCUCAAUUGCGGGGCUGACUGGCUCCACAUGGACAUCAUGGAUGGGCACUUUGUCCCAAAUCUAACCAUUGGUGCUCCAGUCAUUGAAAGCUUGAGAAAUCACACAAAGGCAUAUCUUGAUUGCCACCUCAUGGUAACAAAUCCUCUUGAUUAUGUUGAACCUAUGGGUAAAGCUGGCGCUUCAGGUUUCACAUUUCAUGUUGAGGUAUCCAAAGAUAAUUGGCAAGAACUUGUCCAAAAAAUCAAGUCAAAGGGCAUGAGACCUGGUGUGGCAUUAAAGCCUGGGACACCCAUUGAAGAAGUUUAUCCACUGGUUGAAGAUGAAAGUCCUGUGGAAAUGGUUCUUGUGAUGACUGUAGAACCUGGAUUUGGUGGACAAAAAUUCAUGCCAGAGAUGAUGGAUAAGGUACGCACAUUGAGAAAGAAGUACCCCUCACUUGAUAUAGAGGUGGAUGGUGGUUUGGGGCCUUCAACCAUUGAAGCGGCAGCCUCAGCAGGUGCAAACUGCAUUGUUGCAGGAAGCUCAGUGUUUGGAGCUGCUGAACCAGCUAAUGUUAUAUCCCUUAUGAGAAAGAGUGUUAAUGAAAACCAGAAAAGCAGUUGAGGUUUUUGUGGGCAAGCUACCCCACUGAAUCAUGAGUGGAUUUUAUUGUUGUAUGUUUACAGUGUCUGUAUCAUCAAAUUGAUACGAUGUCUCAAGAUUUUGAAAUUCAAUAAAGAUGAUAUGCUUUGUUUGCAUCCAGAAAAUAAGAGUUUGCAAGGGUCAUCAGCUACAUCAUCAUUCAGUAGCUUCAUGGUUGUCAGGUAAAUGUUAUGAUAUAAGACAUUUGUAGCUACUUAUUUUAAUUUUAAAGUUGUGUGCAUUUGUUAACAGUUAACAACAUAUGCAAAUUAUUGCAUCAACAGUUUAUUUUA